ACCCUAUCAAACGUUUGAACCCUUAAUCACCCUUUUUGCUCAGCAGCCAGAACAGAAGACACUGUAAAAAAGGAGAGCCUCGUUUUCUUCUUCGCUUCUUUCUCUCUCCGUGAACCAAAUGGAGGCUCUACGUGUAACGCCGUCGCAGGCACCUCUUCUCCGCCCUCACCGCCGAUUCAAAUUGACUCCACAAACAUUUCCUGGAUCCCACAAGACUUCCAUCAAGCCCUUCAUCAAUGCUGCCCUCUCCAAAUCGGCGGCGGAGGUCCCUCCAUUGCCUACGCCAUCGCCUGCACGCCCCUUGCCGGCCUCCUCCUCUAAUGUUUCUACUGCUGCAAAGAAAGUUUCCCCCAGUUCUCUCCAGUACCCGCCCGGUUACCUCGGGGCUGUGCCUGACCGUACGGUUCAGGACGGGACUAAUAACAUUACAAAUGCCAUGGAGUACUUGACGAAUAUACUUUCUUCUAAGGUUUAUGACGUCGCGAUUGAAUCUCCCCUGCAGGUCGCGCCUAAGCUGUCAGAGAGAUUGGGGGUUAAGGUUUUGCUCAAGCGAGAGGACUUGCAGCCGGUUUUCUCAUUUAAGCUGCGGGGAGCUUAUAAUAUGAUGGCAAAACUUCCAAAAGAACAGUUGGAAAAAGGGGUUAUCUGCUCAUCAGCUGGAAACCAUGCCCAGGGUGUCGCAUUAGCUGCCAAGAAACUAGGCUGUAAUGCAGUGAUUGCAAUGCCUGUAACUACUCCGGAAAUCAAGUGGCAAUCUGUUAAGAGACUGGGUGCAACUGUUGAGCUAGUUGGGGACUCUUAUGAUGAGGCACAGGCAUAUGCUAAGAAAAGGGCUAACGAGGAGAGUCGUACAUUCAUACCUCCUUUUGAUCACCCAGAUGUUAUAAUGGGACAGGGAACAGUUGGGAUGGAAAUUAUGCGUCAAAUGCAAUCCCCAGUGCACGCAAUCUUUGUGCCUGUGGGGGGUGGUGGGCUAAUAGCUGGUAUUGCUGCCUAUGUAAAGAGGGUUAAUCCUGAGGUAAAGAUAAUUGGGGUGGAACCCUGUGAUGCAAAUGCAAUGGCAUUGUCCCUGCAUCAUGGUGAGAGAGUGAUGUUGGACCAGGUUGGAGGUUUUGCAGAUGGUGUGGCUGUUAAAGAGGUUGGUGAAGAAACUUUCCGUUUAUGCAAGGAAUUGAUAGAUGGUGUGGUUCUGGUAAGCCGUGAUGCUAUUUGCGCCUCAAUAAAGGAUAUGUUUGAGGAGAAAAGGAGCAUUUUAGAGCCAGCGGGUGCCCUUGCCCUUGCUGGAGCUGAAGCAUACUGCAAAUAUUAUAACCUUAAGGGCAAAAAUGUUGUGGCAAUAACAAGUGGAGCAAAUAUGAACUUUGAUAAACUGAGGGUUGUGACGGAACUUGCCAAUGUUGGUAGGCAACAGGAGGCUGUGCUUGCAACUGUUAUGCCAGAGGAGCCUGGGAUGUUCAAACGCUUUUGUGAACUGGUGGGACCUAUGAAUAUCACUGAGUUCAAAUACAGAUGUAAUUCUGAAAAGGAGGCUGUUGUCCUGUACAGUGUUGGGCUUCAUACAGUUUCUGAAAUUAAAGCACUGCAGCAGCGGAUGGAGUCUUCUCAACUGAGAACUUGCAAUCUUACAUCAAGUGACUUGGUCAAAGAUCACUUGCGUUAUUUGAUGGGUGGCAGAUUGAAAGUUGCGAAUGAGAUUCUUUGUCGUUUUGUUUUCCCAGAAAGGCCUGGUGCUCUCAUGAAGUUCUUGGACACUUUCAGUCCACGUUGGAACAUUAGUUUGUUCCAUUACCGUGGGCAGGGUGAAACUGGCGCAAAUGUGUUGGUCGGAAUUCAGGUUCCUGAAAAUGAGAUGGAUGAGUUCCAUAGUCGUGCCAAGAAUGUUGGAUAUGAUUAUGUUCUUGUAACUGAUGACAAUAACUACCAGCUUCUGAUGCAUUAACUAUCGCCACCCUGUGAUUUUUCAGCUGGAUUAUCCUAUCAGGCUUAGCAGUCAGCACUCCAUCCGUUUGGGGCGAUUGCGGAUGGAAAAAUACACCAUUGCCUCCAUUUCUAUAGGAGCGAGCCGUUAUAUGCUAUAAAGUGAAGUGAAGAGGGAAAUUUUAUGUUUUCUGAUUUGUGGUUCUUUCGCCAUUUUUGUAAUAUAUGAUUAAAGUUUUACGUGCUCUAAAAGAUAAGUGGUGGUAUCAUAUAACAUUUGACAAAUUUAACUAAGGCAAAGCAAUACAUAUGCGGUUGGAUGCAACGGACUAUGACGUUGUAUAUUUACGAAGAAGCCGAGUGGAGAAAAUCUUGUUCUAGGAGAAUCUUUUUUAUUUUCAUGAUAUCCGCCUAUUGUGGGUGCAGAAGCAACCUGAAAUCUCCUGAAGGCCUAUAUUAGCCUCCGCUGACCCUGACAUUUUAAUUAUGAAUUUUGCAUUAAGAUAAAAUAUUAUUUGUAUUUCGCAGUGAGGUACAAAGUUUUCGUUUGUUUAUACAAUUUUCUAAUGUUUCA